ACAGAUUCACUUGGUCUUGUUGCAGUGAAGCGGACCAAACAUGAAAGGCUUAAUGCUUAUCCAAACUGCAUGUCUACUGUGUUCACUGUUCGUAUUGGUCUCGCCAGCGCCUUUUGAAAACGAGAUUCGUACCACUGAAAAUGAAAAAGAAGAAACCCUUCCCCCGAUAAUGCUUGCAGUGCCAAAGCGUUCAGAAAAAGAAUUCCCCGAGAGAGAAGAGAACAGAGUGCGUGAUGAAGAAGAAAAUCGAGAAGCGGAGGAGAGAGAACUCUCUGAAAAAUUUGAGCGUCCGUUUAACGAGGAAAAUGCAGAGGAGUUCUUUAGAAGACUAGAAAGGGAGCUUGCUGUGGAAUUGGCUGAAAGAGAAAGUCAUGGUGAGGAAACCGGGAAGAAAGCAGCGUCCAGUGGCUGGGAGUUAAUAGGGAGGGAAGCUCCUGAACAAGAUGAAGAAAUGUUUGAAGAAAAAGAUGCGAGAGAACUCGCGGAGGAAAAUGAAAUGGACAGGUUUAACAGGGAGCUUGAAAGAGAGACGGUAGAGAAACUGGCCAGGGAAAUAACUGAGGAGGAGGAGAAGGAAGAGGAAGAG